AUGCAGAGCGGCGCAGAUUACGACUAUGCCACCAAGGGGGCCAGCGGCAAUGGCGACAAUACCUACCUCCAGAAGGUGCGAACCGAGGGGAGCAUCACCAUCACGCCGGAGAUGUUCGAGCGCAUGUACCUUGGUCCACAGACCAAAGUCUCCGGUGACCUUCGAAAGGUCCUAGGAAACCCAACACCGAUUGGUCUGGGCGGCUUUUUGAUCGCAUACUGUCCUAUCAUUUUCUCGAUUCUCGGAUGGCGGGGAUUCACCAACAAAGGUGAGGCCACUGUGGGAACAUAUUUCUUCAGCGGUGGUCUUCUGGCGAUCAUCUCCUGUAUUCUGGAGUUCAUUUUGGGCAACACUUUCCCGGCAACAUUCUUCGGCGUCUUCGGAGCAUACUUCCUGGCAUAUGGUGCGAACAUUGUCCCUUCGUUCAAUGCCUACGCUGGAUAUUCGCCAAAUCCAACAGGCAAUCCGGCAGCGGGAGAGAAUUCCCCAGAAUACAACUCCGGGCUUGGUGAGUGAUCGCAGAAUUCGCGGGGAAGGUUUUCGCUAUCUGACAUGUGGCCAGCGUUCUGGAAUUUGAUGAUGGCUAUCUUCACCUUUUAUUGCAUGAUUUGCGCGCUCAGGAUCAACUUGAUCUUCUUUCUGACCUUCUUCUUCCUGAUGCUCACCUUCAUCUUCGUCUCAGCAGCUCAAUGGGUCAUUUUCGAGCCUGGAAUGACUGCCGUUGGCAUGAAAUUAUUGACGGUAAGUGCCGAGAAUUGCUGAGACAUUCCUCGAAAACGACUGAUGGUUUGAGCAGGCUGGCGGCGCAACCGGCUUCGUGGUGCUGAUAUUCGGCUGGUAUCUGCUCCUAGCCCUGAUGCUCACGACCGUUGACUUCCCAUUCGACCUUCCUGUGUUCGACCUCAGCCACAUCGUGCCAAGCGGUUCGGACAUCAGAAACAAGAAGGGCAAUGGAGAUGUUGAGAAGGGCGAAUAG